UAGGCGGGAUGAGGCCAGCAGUGUGUGGCCGCGCGGGUCACGGGGAGGGUGGCUUGGAGUGAAGUCCUUAGCGAGGUGGCACUGCGGUUUGGGAUAACGUGCUGUGACGUUUUCAGUGUGUUACUGGGUGCACCCUCAGGACGGGGAAGUUCUUGUUACGGCGACUGAUUCUGGUGGAAAGAAGACCCCACAGAACUGCUCCAAAGAAAAACGAUCCUGUUUGCCUGACGCAACGAAAAGGAAAGUGUUGUUGGUGUCUGCAGGAGGCCUCGGCAGGAGCCACCAUCACAACCACUACAACAAUGAUGCAGUCUUGCCACAUCAUGCAACCUCUCCCCUGGGGCUCCAUCCAGCACCCACACCGGCGCCUGCCACACCUCCUCUUCCUCCUCUUCCUCUACUCCCUCACCUCCUGCAGCAAUGGCAUCACGUCCAUGACCGAGAAAGAAGCAACCGUUCCGCUGUUGGGGACUAUUCCUGACACUCCCUUCCGCUGCCUGGGUCACAGUGCCGGAUACUACGCUGACCCAGACACUGGCUGCCAGGUGUACCACAUGUGUGACAGUCUGGAGAGGCAGUACUCAUACCUGUGCCCAAACUACACCCUCUUCAACCAGAAGUUCAUGGUGUGUGACCACUGGUACAUGGUGAACUGCUCCUCCUCCCCCACCUUCUACCACCUCAACAGUCAUAUUGGGGAAGUGCCUGGUAAGACUGAGGGAGAAGAGGAGCAGAAUGCCAUCACAGUGGGGCCGGUGGGUGAUGCCUCACCAAGGAGAAGCAAAGGAACGCUACCGCGCACACCACUUGCAGGGCCACCAUUUCCCCCAAGCACCACAUCCAAGGAUGCCUCAAGACCUCAGCUGAGCUUCAAGCAGUCUGGGGCAAUACCUGUCAAAGGAACACUUUUCAAAUCUCCUACGAAACCAGUCACUCCCGCUGCCAGACUUGCCUUCACUACAACACCAAAGCCAAGCACAUCAUCACGUAGGCCAUUUGCUUUCCCACUGACCCUACCACCAAACACUCCACCAAGCAAGCAACCAUUCACUUCCCCAAUCAAACCACAACAAUCAUUCACUCCACCAUCAAAAGAUUCACUCACACCAGUCAGGCAACCAUCACCACUCAAUACACGCCCAACCUUAAAUAAGGAAGCAUUCAAUUCAACAAGACAGCAGUCAACCACUCCCAUCAGAAAACCAACCACUCAAAUACAGUCAACCACUCCCACCAGGGAAUCAACCACUCGAAUACAGUCAACUACUCCCACCAGGCAAUUAACCAGUCGAAUACAGUCUACCACUCCCACAAGACAACCAACCACUCCUAGCAGGCAACCAUUUACUUUCCCAGUCACUCAGCCAGCCACUCAGCUGAGCCAAAAAGUAACUUCCACAACCCUUUCAGUACAAAAGCCACCUUCCUUAUUUUUCACUCUGCCUAAGAUAGAAUUCAGUACCAAUCAUAAUGAGAAAGAAGAGCAAAGUACUGUAAAGCAUUCUAGCACACACAUACAAGACACAAACUCUUCUCAUUCCACCACAAGUAGCUUCAGGCCACCCAGUAUUGCUCACACACAUAUUACAGAAGCUCCUGCAACACAGACAGAGCAGCCUAACACAAGCAUCACCAAGAAGCCUGCCAGUGUAGCUCGUGGCCCUGGCAAUAGGUUUUCCUUUACUAACCGCAGGGAGGAGGAAAUAGCCUUAACACCUGAAGAUUUGCAGAGAAUAGUGUUCCAGCCUCUCCUAGCACGACCACGCACUAAGACGCGCAGGGUUCUGACCAGUGCCCCUUCCCUGCUGCCUAUUGAUCCUGCCAACAUCACAGAUCCACAUCUUCGCCACUUCCCCAUGCGUAUUGAGUUUCCUGAUCCCAUCAUUCCUGAGGACUCAUCUUCUCGCAGUUCCCUGGAUUUGAAGUUAUCCAAUAGUCAAGGGACUCAAGCACCUCCCCACCUAUUCACCUCUCCAUCUGCCUCUCCAGCUGUACAUCCUCUCUCCACCUUCCUUUCUCCUCCAACACAUCCUUUUACCCCAAUUGUGAGAAUGAGGCAGGAGUUCCCCACACUUUUGGCUGUUCCUCAAGAGGAUGACAAUCUGCGAACGUCUCCUCGGGAAACGUUCCUCCCCGGAGCUAGGCAGUUGCCCUUUCCUUCUUCCACUCGGGGCAAUCGAGACUUCUUCAUUCCCUCAGCAGAGUUCUCAGAGCUCUCACUGCUUGUGUCAGAGUUGUCUCCAAAUAUUUUAGAAGAACCAGCCCAGAAUCCAAGCCAUGGCACGAGUGAUCACGAUGACCACCACCAUCACCACGGUGACCACAUGACAAUGGUGUUUCCUGCACCUCUUGAGCCUCACAUGAUGGAGAAGCUCAAGCUGAACCCUGAGUGCCCUCGCUGCCACCCUGAAUUCCUUAAGCCUGGCCAGUGCAACCCUUGUGUUGUCAUAAAGUAAUGAUGAGAACAUGGCUUUUAGGGAACAGUAUCACAAGUACUUGGAUACAGCCAUUAAAUCAUUUGCACUGUAAUAAAAUAAAGAAAAUAAUAAACAUUUACUCAGUAAAGAUACGCAAAGACUGACAUUUCAGGCUGUCUGCCUCCUGGUGCCCGCCUCAUGCAGCAACCUGGUGUGGCCAGUCUGCAACAUGAACAAUGAGGAGUGGACACCAUUCUCACACACUCUCACACACACACACACAUUGGGACUGCCAACUUUACAAGAUAGAAGAGAAUAUGGAGACCUAAUAACAAUGUAUAAAAUAGUAAAUGGCAUUGAAAAGAUAGACAAGGAAGACCUGGUGCUGGUGACAGAAGCUGGAAGGACAAAAGGACAUGUAAAAAUUAGGAUGAAGCAAUGUGUGAAGGAUAUUGGAAAAUAGUUUUCCACAUAGAAUAGUAGAAAAGUGGAAUGCAUUGAGUGAUGAAGUUGUUACACCACAUAACGUGCAUAAUUUUAAAGAAAAAUUGAAGAAAUGGAGACAGGACACACUAUGAGUCCCGCUCGAAUCCUGUAUAAAAACAACUAGGUAAUACACACAUCUCAAACUGUACUUUUCAGUGAAGAUGAAGAACUAGCUACAUAGCAUGAUCUACACUUCAUAAUCUAAACUUUAGAUCAGAAAUUAUGAAAAAAAAAGAGAAAAAUG